AUGUGCAGAUGGACUCCGACCGUAGCUCAUCUCUAUCCUGAACCUGCUCUUGGCACCAUCACCACUGCAGCCUUCGUCGGGCGAGUUCUUCCCCUGCCCAGUGCAGCCUCCCUUUGCCUGGCAUGCUUCACCCUGCUCCUGGUCACCGCUGGCACUGCCACAGGGGCCUGUCCUCCUGGGUUAGGGCAUGAGCCCCUUCAGGUGCUGGCGAGUGGCAUCAACUGUUCAUGGACAUUGGAAAGGCACACUCGCAGUUACAAUCACCUAGAGGGUGACGUCCGACUACGGCGGCUUUACUCUGCCAACAAGUUCUUCCUCUGCAUUGACAAAACAGGCAAGGUGGAUGGCACUCGGCGGAAAAAUUACGCAGACAGCCUGAUGGAAAUCCGAUCUGUCAGUGUGGGAGUUGUUGCCAUCAAAUCUGUCAGCACCGGGCUGUACUUAGCUAUGUCCAAGAAAGGCACGCUCUUUGGAUCGGUGAAAUACAACCCAAGCUGCAAGUUCAAGGAGCGUAUUGAGGAGAACGGCUACAACACGUAUGCCUCCCUCCGCUGGAAGCAUGGCGGCAGGCAGAUGUUUGUGUCUCUUAAUGGGCGGGGGAAGCCUCGGCGAGGUCACAAGGCUCGACGAAGACACCCAUCAACUCAUUUCCUGCCCAUGCUUCCGUCCUAG